CUCAUGCCGAACAAUCAUUGGUCCCUGCGUAAGAGACAACAAAAGAGGCGGAUGCCUAUUGGCGGAGUCCCCAGGGCAUGGCAAACUUGUAAUGCUUGGUAGUAGGAGGUGAGCUGUGGGUGCCGAACCGAGAUGACGGUGGUGGAAUCCCAGGGAGCCUCGGGGGGGGGCCGAAGCGGAGCUCCCAGCGGAGGAGUCUAGACGGGCAUUUCCGGUUAAAGUGCAGUCCGAUUCAGAAUCGGAAGAAGCAGCACAGGGUAAAGGUGUUGCUCUGGCCGACAGAGGUGAGCUGCUGGGCUUUCUCCAGCCUGGUGAUGAGAUAGUCUCUGCCUCAAGUUCAGAAGAGAGAUUUUAUGACUCAUUGAAGGCCCUCAAAAAGAAAAACCAGCAAUGUUUGUUAGAACUUGGUCUGAUGUACCAGAUAAAGCUGGAGAACAAGCAGAAACCACCCAAGGAAGAUGAGGAACUGGAAGACUUUUUUCAGGACAAUGGACGAUUGACGUUGCCAGCAAAGUUCUAUGAAGCUUUGAGAUCUGGUAACAUUAAAGAAUUCAACUCUUUGACUGAUCUCACUGGGAAUAACUCAAAAGAUGAACAAAACCACUGUUCAUUUCCUCAGUCCUGUUCAAGACUAAAGAGCACUUCAGCUGCAUGGAUCUCCUCUAUUACCAUCCCACAACCCUUCAGGAUGACACUUCGAGAAGCUCAUAAGAAGUCUCAGUUGUUAAAAUCGAAUGUAUUGCUUGAAGCUGAGACAACCACAUAUAAAAGGCAAAGCCAAGAAGAAGCCGAAUGCCAGAAACAGUUCAGGGCACAACCUGUGCCUGCUCACGUCUAUCUGCCACUCUAUCAGGAAAUAAUGGAAAAGAAUGAAAUUCGCAGGCAAGUGGAAACACAGAAGAGAAGGGAACUUCUUCUUUCAAUGCAAAAACCCUUCAGCUUCCAGGAAAAAGAAGAAAAAAGAAAGGAAACAAUCAGACAGAAGAUUCUGGAAAUGCUAGCUCCAGUUGAGAAAUCAGUAUCAAAAGUCAGGAAGAAGAUCCCCAAAUCCAUCUAUGAACCAGUGUUUGGGGAUAAACUCAAAGAAGCUGAAUUAUUCAGGAAAAUCCGUAUUCAGAUGAGAGCCAAGGACUUACUGGAAAGCUCCUGUGCUCCUAUUGAGCUUGGCAAAAGACAAAGAGAGAAAGAAUCUCGAAUUGCUUCCAGAAACAGAGAGGAAAAACUCAGCUUUCUGCAGGACAACUUUAGUUUUAAACCAAGAAUUAACACAUCUGUGCCUGAUUUUGAAGGACUCUACUGGGCAUUUCAGAGAGAAGCAUUAUGUAAACGGGAAAUCAAAGAAGCAACUCAUAGUAAACCAUUCAGAUUGAGAACAUCUAAUCUUCGCUGCAAACAUCAGGUGCCUAAUAAGAUGAUGGAUUUUCAGCAGCCUUCUAAGACACCAAUACAAAGGAGUCGUUCUUUGACUUGCCUCUCAUCCCUCUCCUCCAACACACUUCCAGUUCAUAUCACAGAUGCAGCGAGAAAGAGGGAGUCUGCUAUUAAACGUCUCCAAGAAGAUAAAACAUACAGAGAGAACGAAGGACUUCGCUGGGCAGAGCUACAGAGAAAGAAAAGUCAGGCUAUGCUUUGGUCUGUGAAUUGUCGAGCAAAAGCAAUGGACCCACAUACAAGUUUGAAGGAGACACACAAAGAAAAGCUGAAACAACACUGGCAGAAUGACCGAAAAAGAACAAAGGAGUAUAAAAAAGAACUAGAAGAGAUGAAGAUGAGAGUGAAAAACAGACCAUAUCUAUUUGAACAGGUCACAAAGCAUGGUGCCCGUCAGGAAGCACAGAGGCUCUUUCGAGACACCUUACAGCAGUUUGGGCUGAAUGAAGAAUUUGUAAGAAACAAAGGAAGAGAAGCCAUUGACUUAGCAGAAAAGGAGCACUCUGAAUCGCAAAGAGUUUGUAAGUCCCUGAGGGAUACUGAUUCUGGCACCAUACAACAGCCAUCUCAAGAAGGGCAGAUAAUUAACCUAGGAACCUAGAGGAAGCCUCCAUGUCCCUACAACUCAUUCUUUUAAUCAAAUGUAACUACUUUAGGAUUGGGCAACUUCAGCAUGAAAAAAUGUAGAUUAAAAAGUUAGCUUUAUCAAAACAUGUGAUCAUGGGGUAGACAAUAGCUAAUGAACGUUGCACGUCUUUUGGCAACUUCAGAAGUGAGAUCUCUUAGGUAAAGUGUGCCGUCUUGUUGGUGUCAACUCCUGGUGUCCAAAGUAGGACUAUGAAGGUAGAGGUAUGCUGCGUAUGUGUAUCAUACUUGGUGUAGCCCCUGGAAUCCGUAGUCAGCUUAGGUCUUACAGAUCAAUCAUGCUGAUGGCAACUAUGCAAACUUGGGGGUCCUGCUUCUUGCACUAUCUCAAAUGUUAAUAAAAGUCAAUGAUGCCAUUCACACAAUCAUAUGGGGGUGGUUUGAGGCAGAGAAAACUCCUACCCUGUUCCUGACAGAUGAGCAGAGCCUCUGUUUGGCUCUGCAAACCCCACAUCCAGACAAAUAUGGCAGCCACAAUUUCCACUGUGGAAUAGGAGUUGGGUCAAUGAGAGUUUUUCCUACUUCAGGGUGUCUUGGCUGCCACCACUCAGAUCUAAUCUGGCAGGAUCUGAGAUCAGAAGUUCAUUUCUUCCCACUCUUGUCUGUGUAGUAGCGUAGGGGUCUCUCUUGGUGACAUGAUAGGAAAAUAAAAUGUACUUAUUCCUUGAAACUAUAACAAUAAUAAACACCUGCUCUUAAGCAUGAUGACUACAAAGUUA